ACCAUUCUAUCUCAUCUUGGUGAACUGGCAAUCAAAAGUACUGCCAACACCGCAGGGCUGAGCUUGGCUCUGGACAACACUAUGCAGAUGUUCCGUGACGGUUUGGAAAAUUUUCUGAUCACAGCCGCCCAGGAAGUGCCGAGCAAUUUCAGCGUUUACGUCGACCAAUUCCGGCGCAAUUUGAUCGCGCCACACAUUCUGGCGUUGAGCAUCCAGGCUUUCGACAUUUUCACUCCUUUAGCUCGUGACGGACGGCUCUACUUCGUGCCCAGCAGGAGCAAUACCCCACUCGUUCCAGGAGUGCCGUACCGUAACGCUCGGACGUGGAUGACCGAUACCCUGCAGUUGGUGUACAGCCGAACGCAAUCCUACCGAGCCAAGGAUCCCAUUUAAUUUGAAAUUCACUAAAUGAGAAAUGAAUUAGAAUUACUAAUUUCCCAUCAGGUGGAAGAACGGACACUCCAAAUCAUCGACGGCUGGAAUAAUGGAACUUUUCAACUGGAAUCAACUGCCACCAGUUUGAUAUUCGUCUUUUAUCAUCUCGACGAUGGAUUGAGCAUGACGGCGUUAACGAGAGGAACUUUGCUCAGCCCUUUAAACGGAGAGUGCCCGAUUGUUCGACUCGGCACAUUCGCCCUGUACACGGCAAAUUGUGGCAACAUCAUUUUCGAGAAAGGCACCUGGUCUUAUUUCAUCGACGUCAUGGGCUCAAGCACAGUUCGCCUGGACACAUUCUUUUCUAGUGAUUCCGUCAGUCCAGUUAGAGUGAAAACGUGGACGAAUUCGAUUGAAAAUAAACAAAUCGAUUGGAGGAGCCAGCGGGUCGUCAUCUACGCUCUGGCGACCCAGCAGGAAAAGGCCGUCAGCGGUUUGAAUCUCUUGGCCCACAUCUCCGGUGACAGCAAGGCCGAUUCAGUUUUCAGCGUCAGUCUGAAUGAAAACAAUUUGUCGGAUGUGACGAAAGGCGACGGAGUUUACUCCGCCCAGCUCAACGAUUUGCUCCGCAAUUUCAUCCGCUUCUCCUACGUCGUCGAAAUCGUCGGCGGAGUAGGGACUGUCGAUUCCGGCACUUAUAACGGACAUCCUAUGGCUGGAUGUUUCAUUCCCUCCGGGAAAUCUCUGCCAAUCUCUGCCAUCAACCGUUACGUUUACGGCGGCAGUUUCCAGUUGAGUCUGCCUUACGACGGCCGAGAUGUUUUGCCACCUGGGCGCAUCUCAGAUUUAAACAUCAGCGCCUUUGACUCGAAAAAUUCAUCGACGGUACUCACCUGGACGGCACCGAUGGACAAUUACAAUGUUUCCGACAUUCUGGUUGACAGAUUCGUAAUCACCAGUGAAGAUGCCGAUAGCAAAGAAGCGAUUAUCUUUAACGGAACUAUCAAGCCUCUAUCCGGAACUGUGUAUCACGUCAUCAUGGCGGUCGACGUGCCGAAAUCCGACAAGAUCCGCAGUGUGUACUUGUCGAGAAUAUCUGACUCUGUUUCAAACAUGUAUUGGGAACAUAGAAUGAAUACAGUUGAGAACGUGGGUAAUACUGAAUAG